GUUGCGAAAGUCACCGGUAGUGCGCCAGCGAAGCUCAGCAAAAUUUGCGUUGUCAGAAAAAAUGUGGCACGUAUUCAAACCGUGAUUCACCAAACGCAGAAACAAGAGCUACGCAAACUUUAUGUGAACUCGAAAAACAAACCUCUUGACCUUCGUAGGAGAAAAACUCGGGCGAAACGUAGAGAGCUAACAGGACAUGAGAAGAAGCUCAAGAACUCCAAACAGAGAGCAAAACAACGUGCUUUUCCACUUCGCAUCUUUGCUGUGAAAGCUUGA